AUGCUGAAUGGCAUAACUCACAAAGGCCUCAAGUUUUUCGAGACAUCAGCCAAGGAGAAUAUCAACGUGAAGUCAGUAUUCGAACUGCUGGUCGACAUGAUCUUGGAAAAGAUGGCUGAGGGCAUGGAUCACGAUGCGGCCAUGACCGGCGGAACUGCUGGAGCAUCAAAGACUGGCAAGAAGGUUUGCGAGUACGAACGAUUCUAG